AUGCCGGAGCAUCACCGACUCUUCAUGGAUGCCUCCACUCCACUCAAGAGGUCCUCAACGGAGGCGGGCUUGGAAUCACCCAGGGCGAGCAAUCGUUCUGGAGAUACACGUCCUGCAGCUCCUAGGAUAUCUAAAGCCCGAGCCUGCGCAGAAUGCAAGCGACACAAGAUCCGGUGUGAGUUUCGUCCUGGAGAAACGAAUUGCACCAAAUGUACACGUAGCGGCAUCAAAUGUGUGGUGAACGACUUUUCACAGAAGUUCGUCGAUGACGAUGGGAUAUGGAAGUCCCAGGCGACCGCGACGAUGCAGCAGUUGCAGACUGCGGUGUCCCAACUGUUGCGACAGGCAGGUCUGCCCGAUCUCUCGACAUAUACAAGCGGUGACAGUGGCAAUGGGCCCAGUCCGGCCGCCUCACCCCAUGGCCAUCGAUCCUCGAUCUCGGUCGACAUAUCGCAAACGCCAAACAAUCACACCAGCCAUCUCAAUCAUUCCAACCAUGCCCAUCAUGCCCAUCAUGCUAGUCAUCAUGAGGGUCCAGGGGUAGUAAUGGAUGUCACUCGCGAGCCGUCCCAGGAGCCCGAUCUCCAAGACCCCGAAUUAGUGCCUGCCCCCAUGCGCAGUUUAUACGAAGUCACUAAGCUACGCAACCUUCGAAAUAACCACAUUGAGGCACCCAGGAAGACAUUACUAGAGGAGGAUUUCAUCACGCGGGGACUGAUUUCCAUCCAUGAAGCCGAGGAGCUGUUUGCGUAUUUCAGUCGCACGAUGAAUCAGUUACUUUGGGGUGGGAUCAUCUUAGUCCAUCGCGAUCUAACCUCAGUUCGCCGUGCCUCGACACUCCUCUCGGCGGCAGUCCUCACCGUCGCAGCCCUGCACAUUCCCAAUCGUACCGAAACGCUGAAUCGCUGCUAUAACGAGUAUGUAUCCCUUGUGUCGAGUAUGGCUCUCACCCGCGCACAUACCUUGGACGACAUCCGCGGCCUCUGUGUGGGAGCCUUCUGGCUGUCCGAAUUAAGUUGGAAGUUGUCCGGACAUGCGGUGCGUAUCGCGACCGAAAUAGGCUUGCAUCAAAGCUACCAGCGCUUGACCCGUGGGCAUACGGAUCAGUAUGCGCGCGCUCAACUGUGGUAUCUGCUCUACGUGUGCGAUCAUCAUUUCAGCAUUGCCUACGGGCGGCCGCCCGUCAUUCAUGAAGACGUUGCGAUCCGAAACUACGAAGCCUUUCUGGAGUUGCCCAUGGUUGUCCCCGGGGAUAUUCGGCUGCUCGCCCAGGUCGCAUUGUUCAUGAUUUUGACCGAGGCGUAUCGAAUGUUUGGCAGCGACACCGAACAGGCAUUGACGGAGGAAGACUUUGGGCAAUUGCGAGUAUACAAUGUCGCUGUUGAUCAGUGGCGAUUGCUCUGGCAGCCGCGAUCCGCCGACAGCCCAUACGUGCGCACCUAUCCCUCUAAGGGAGUGGUGCUGCAUUACCACUUUGCGAAAUUCCAGCUGAAUUCGCUUUCGUUGCGAGCGUUGACUCCAUCGAACACUCCUGUGUUCUCCAUGGACCGGAAGGAGUCGGCCAAUAUCGCGAUCUCCUCGGCCAUGGCCUGUUUGAACAUGGUUCUGGAAGAGCCGGAUAUUCGGGAUGCGAUCGUCGGGGUCCCUAUUUUCACCCACACCAUGGUGACCUUCUCCGCCGUGUUCCUACUGAAGGUGGCCAUCAAUUGGAAUUCGGCAUACCUGAGCAUCAAUGCCCGACAGGUGCGGCGGCUGGUGGAGCGGGUGAUUGAGCUGAUGAACUGCGUCUCGGCCGGGGAGCGACACUUGACACGGCACAUUGCCCGUGGGUUGGGCAAGAUGUUGGAGCGCUUCGACUCCUGGGAGGCGGCCUGGCAGGUGGGCGCCAACAGCGGCAGUGUUGACGGGCGCGAAGUACCUGGGGGCGCAAAUGCGAUGGCCCAGGGAUUCCCGCCGCCGGAUCUGAUCUACGACAUGGUCGGAACUUAUGGAUUUGGGCUUGACGAGAACUUGUUGGACCCGAGCAUGGCCAACUUUGACUUCUUGGCACAGUAA